GCGGGGAGGAGUCCACCGAGUUUGCCCCGGAGCGCGGGGAAGUUUCCCGCGAAGCUCCGCUCCCGGAGAAGGGGGACCAGCCGGCGGCCGCUGGCGAGGUUACUUCAUGGAAGGAGUACUUAAUAGAACAAGACAGGACCAAAGCUCUACGGAAAAACAAAUCAUGUGGUCUUCAGAAAUGAGGAGAAAGGCAGCCAUCUGAAAUGGUCAUGAACCCCAAACAAGUCUUCCUCUCGGUGCUCAUUUUUGGAGUAGCAGGGCUUCUCCUCUUCAUGUAUUUACAAGUCUGGAUUGAAGAACAGCAUACAGGGAGAGUGGAGAAGAAAAGAGAACAAAAAACAACUUCAGGAUGGGAGCCAGUAAAUUACCUACAGCCUGUAGCCAGAAUCAGUGAGUCAACUUUACUUAUGUUUGAAUCUCGGGUAGCUAUAGAUAAGCAGAGCAACAAUUGGAAUAUCUGAAAACCCCAUUGUGUCACUUUUAAACACCUGUUCUUAGAGUCAUAAUAACUGUCACCAGAAAGCAAAGCCAA